ACCGUUGCCAUGUCGACCUCAUCGCUACGGCGACAAGUAAAGAACAUCGUCCACAACUAUUCAGAGGCUGAAAUCAAGGUUAGAGAAGCCACGUCCAAUGACCCAUGGGGUCCCAGCAGCUCUCUAAUGUCAGAGAUUGCAGAUCUGACCUACAAUGUUGUAGCCUUCUCAGAAAUCAUGAGCAUGGUGUGGAAGCGCCUCAACGACCACGGCAAGAACUGGAGACAUGUGUACAAGGCGAUGACUCUUAUGGAAUAUCUUAUUAAGACGGGCUCAGAACGGGUUGCACAGCAGUGUCGAGAAAAUAUAUACGCAGUCCAGACCCUCAAGGAUUUCCAGUACAUAGACAGGGACGGCAAAGACCAGGGCCUGAAUGUGCGUGAGAAAGCUAAACAGCUGGUGACACUGUUGAAAGAUGAAGAGAAACUAAGAGAGGAGAGGAUCCAUGCCCUCCAAACCAAAUCGAAAAUGGCACAGACCACCAGUGCCUCUUCGGCUCCCUCGGCGCCCAGCUUGGGGGGCAGCCUGUCACUGGGCUCCCACUCUGGGGGAGCCGACCCUGAGCAGGCUUGGCCUCAAAGCUCUGGAGAGGAAGACCUGCAGCUGCAGCUGGCUUUAGCAAUGAGUAAAGAAGAGGCCGAGCAGACUAGCACGGAUCCACUGGAGGAUGCAGAGCUCCGCUAUGCACUCACUCUGAGCAAAGAAGUGCACCAAAAGGAGGAGCGGCUGCGCCGAGGCGACGACCUGAGGCUCCAGAUGGCCAUCGAGGAGAGCAAGAGGGAGAAACCUAAAGCAGAGGAGGGUGCUCUGAUGGAGCUGACUGCUGUGGACCCCUGGGGGGCCGCUCCCGCUGCCACUGUGGGCUCAGCCGGCCCCUCACCUCCUCCCACGGUUUCUGGCCCGGCCGCCCCCGGCCCCUGGGGCGCGGCCCCCGCAGAUCCAUGGGGAGUAGCCUCACCCACGUCCCCCACCAGCUCCGACCCGUGGGGCGGGGGAGCGCCGCCCACCAUAGCCCCUCCCCCCGACCCCUGGGGAGAAACAUCCAACAGGGUCAACAACGUGGACCCCUGGGGCAGCUCAGGUAGGCAGCCGCCGCACACGCUCACGUGUAGCCCCAGAAUGCGCUCAGCUGUGACCCCCCCCAGUGCUGACCCCUGGGGCUCCCCAGUGCCACCCAGCACAUCCUCAUCUGGGGGGCCAGUAGACCCCUGGGCAAGGGACGGGUCUAUCCCUGCCUCUGACCCUAUCACCUCCGACAUCUGGAGUGGCACCGCCAAACAAACUAACGGCACAGGAGAUCCAGAGAGGCGAGGGUCUUCAACAACAGGCUGUGACAGCACGGGCUCGCCGGUGCCCUUUGACCUGUCCUCUCUCGGUUCUUCACUUCCCGUUCGCAAGACUCCCGAGUCCUUCCUCGGCCCCAACGCAGCGCUGGUUGACCUCGACUCGCUGGUGUCAUCUAAACCCAAGCCCAAACAGCCCCCGCCUCCUUCCAUCUCGUCCUCCUCGGCACACAACCCCUUCCUUCAGAACACAGGCUCAUCUGCUCCCGGCAUGGCAGUGACUCCCGGCAGCACCAUCUCCAGUCGAGGAGUGUCCCCAACACCCGCCACCUCCAACCCUUUCGGUGUGGCCCCCGCCAUGACCUCCAUCUCACCCGGGCCGUUGUCACUGGGCCUGAGUAGCCUGCGCACCAGUCCCGUGCCCCCCAAUCCCAUGCUGGGCAUGAUGCCGCCAGCCAUGGGUCUGGGGCCACUGGGUGUGGGCGCGGGCGCUCCGGGAAUGGGCCCCGGAGUGAUGCAGGCCAGCCCCAUGGGCAUGCCCUUCGGCGCGCUCUCCCCCAUGGCCCCGCCGGGCGCCGUUCCGUUCGGGGCGGGGGGCGCGCCCCCGCCACAGCUGAUUUUGGGUGGGCCCGCAGCAGCCGGAGGAGUGAUGGGGGCAGGGGGGUCCAUGGGAGGGGCAGGAACGACAGGAGCCAGCACCAAUCCAUUUCUUCUCUGA